AUGAGUCAGCAGCGGCCGGCGCGGAAACUGCCCAGCCUGCUGGUGGACCCGGCGGAGGAGACGGUGCGCCGCCGGUGCCGCGACCCCAUCAACGUGGAGGGCCUGCUGCCAUCAAAAAUAAGGAUUAACUUAGAAGAUAAUGUACAGUAUGUGUCCAUGAGAAAAGCUCUAAAAGUGAAGAGACCUCGUUUUGAUGUAUCUCUGGUUUAUUUAACUCGAAAAUUUAUGGAUCUUGUCAGAUCGGCUCCUGGGGGGAUUCUCGACUUAAACAAGGUCGCCACGAAACUGGGGGUGCGGAAACGAAGAGUAUAUGACAUCACCAAUGUCUUAGAUGGAAUCGAUCUGGUUGAAAAAAAGUCUAAGAACCAUAUUCGAUGGAUAGGGUCUGACCUUAGCAAUUUUGGGGCGGUGCCUCAACAGAAGAAGCUGCAGGAGGAGCUUUCUGACUUAUCAGCAAUGGAAGAUGCUUUGGACGAGCUGAUUAAGGACUGUGCCCAGCAGUUGUUCGAGUUAACAGAUGACAAAGAAAACGAAAGACUAGCGUACGUGACGUAUCAAGAUAUUCACAGCAUCCAAGCCUUCCACGAACAGAUUGUUAUCGCAGUGAAAGCUCCGGCAGAAACCAGAUUGGAUGUCCCAGCUCCCAGAGAAGACUCUAUCACAGUACACAUAAGAAGCACCAAAGGACCCAUCGAUGUUUAUUUAUGUGAGGUGGAACACGAUCAUUCGGGUAAUAAAGUGUCUGAAGGAGCGGGCACCUCUUCAUCUAAAAACAAACAUCCAGAACACCCCGAUAAAGAAAAGCCUCCACAACAAAGUGAAGAAUUACUUGAAGUGAGCAACUGA